AUCUCCGCAAUCACCAUGACACACAUGGUCACCUCCUCUGCUCCUGCCAUGGUCAAACCGGCGCCCGGUCGCCGUCCGUGGCCUAUAAAAAGCGCGCGUCUGCUCCAACCGCUUCGCCUCACCGAAUCACAAGUCACAACUCACAAGCUAGCGAUCUUCCUCGUGCAAUCGAAGCGAGUUCUCAGAGCUGUCUACGGAACUCUGAAGCUCAACGCAGCGUUCGCUUCUGAAUUCGACCCGAAGCACAGCCUCGCUCAAGGCAAUAAAAGCCGGUGUUACUGUUGCCGCGCCAUGGAGCCGGAGAUGGAGGCGGCGCUGAUCAAGGUCGGGAUGUUCGUGCUGGUGCAGGCACUGGUGUACCUCAUCCUGUCGCAGUCCUCCACCGUGUUCUCGCGCACCAAGAGCCUUGCCCUCCGCCCCGCGCGGUCGCUCAGCGCGCGCCGCAUGCUCGCGCUGCUCUCCGACCUGCCGCUCGUCGCCGGGGAGCCCUCGCCCGUCGCCGCCUUCGCCCGGACGCGGUCCGCGUUGUCGCCCAUGCUCGCCGCCGCCGGCCGGAAGCAGGACUGAGUUCGGCGACCGUCGUGUGGCCACUUAGCUAUAAGCUAGCUCUUCCUCGGUAGUACAGUAUUCUUUAAUUCUUUGGUUUGAUCGAUCCAUGUGUGUCGGUUUGGUUUGGUUUGGUUUGGUUGUAUUCAAGUAUAGCUUCCAAAUUUCAUGGAAGUUUGAUUUGCGCAUCUUGUGCUGAGCCUGUACCUGCAUCAUCGCAGACUAUUCAAAUCGUUUUUAUACGCUGUGGACAUUUGUUAAGGAUAUCUCGUCAAAUAUGUAACUUCGACAGUAUGCUGAAUGUGACUACUCGGUGCUGAUACGAUAU